AUGCCUUGGGAGGGGGACUUCUCCUCCUUGGAGGAAGGAGUCGAUGCCCCAUCAACCGAGGAGGACUCGGUGGCAGGAGGCUUCCUGCUUGGCGGGUCGUCGGAGGACGAUGACGAUGAUGACGACGAAGAGACCGAAGACAGCAGCAGCUUCAGCAGCGACAACAGCGGAGACGAUGGUGGCAGCAACGACGACAGCAACGAUGACACCAGCAACGCCAGCGUGGCUCUUCCGAUCAAGCGCCGCAAAGUCUCAGAGGAUGAUGAGUCCCUGACCGAUGACGAGGACCUCCAGAUCCUCCUUCAUGGGGAUCUGGACGAAGGUGACGAAUAUUCUUGGGAUGACGACUUCUUCUCUUCCUCAGAAGAAGAUGCCAAGGACACUUCCACUGACGAUGACUCGGCAGCAGGAGGGUUCCUGCGCGGUGGAUCGUCGACUUUAGAAGAUGACGGGGACGCCAGCGACGACGCCGGCCAUAGCAGCGGUGAUGGAGGCAACAACAGCAGCAACGGCGGCAGUGAUAGUGGCCGCGAUGAUGACACCAGCGCGUCCCCCCAUACAAGCGCCGCAAGUCCUUAG